AUGGAACCUUUAUUAAUUGCUAUUAAACACCUUGACACAAAUAGAACUUCAAUGUAUUAUGAAAAUUGGGUUAAUCUGCUACUCCCAAGGAAUGCCAGAGAGCCAGAGAGCCAGAGAGCCAGAGGACCGAAGAGCCAGAUGACCGGGAAGCCAGAGAACCGGAGAGCCACUAAUAUUG